UUUUGGAUAAUUUACUAUAUUGUUUUUCGCUUCAAUUAAUUACAAUGGGAAAGAAAAAGAGAAGUUCCCAACUCAAUAAACUCGACCUUCCUCCUUCUUCGGAGCACAUGCCGUGGUCUUCUGGGACAGCGUUGUUAUCCAAAGAGCACUAUUCGAAUUUGGAUGAUGGCAUUGAUGUUGGAGAUAGUUCUGUGAAGCUACUUAAUUCCAACUCUUCUGUUGCUCAUCAUCGUUACAAUCUUGGGCGUGCGAUAUUUUUAAAAAGAUCACGCCAUUACUAUGGUCAUCAAUACUCGCGGCGAAACUCCGGUAGCCGUUCAAAUCCAUCAACUUCUCGUGGCCUGAUUAGUCCUUUACUUGAUGAGAGGUUAUCCUUCAAGUGUGCUCAAUACAAACCUGAUUCAGGACACUAUGCAGGUGAUGGUAGGGAAAAAGCAUUUGGCUUUGGCAGACCAGAAAGAAUUAGGUCUAGUUCAUUGGUGAUGGAUGUAGUAUCAUCAGACAAGUUGAUGGCAGUUUGUGGCGUAUGUCAAAAGCAUGUCAGACGGAAACCUUAUUUUCUCGGAAAUUCUCCGGCUUCUGGUGAAUUUUCUGUUGUGGCAGUACUAGUUUGUGGCCACGUAUACCAUGCCGAUUGUUUGGAAGAAAGAACAAGCUUCGAGGACAGGGGUGAUCCGCGGUGUCCAUUGUGUUCAGCUUCACCAUAACUAAUUUGAUACUUCUAGCUAAAAGUGAUUUUAGAAAUAUCGACAUGUUUAUCGUACUAAUCUAGGACAUAAAUAUAGUGUGUUUGUGUAUGAUCUAAUCUGCAGUUUCACUGAUUAGAAUCUUAACCAUGCAAUUGUAUUGCUAAUGUUACAGCUAGUUAGCAGACAUUAGAGCUUGAAAAUGCUCAUCCUGCACCUUUUAAACCCCAUUUGCUUGGCAAGCAUGGAGAGCAGUAUAGAUUUUCUUAAGAGGCUUUUUGCUUUAGGUAUACUU